AUGGGCUUCGGCGGCGUUCUCUUGCGCGCUUCCAACCUCUCCAUCCGUGUUCUCCAGUUUCUCGCCGCAGCUGUCAUUCUCGGCAUCUUUUCCUACUUCCUUGCCGUCCUUUCUCGACAUGAUCAGGAUAUCCCGCGUUGGAUGAAAGCCGUCGAGGGUCUAUCCGGCGCUGCGACCCUCUAUGGCAUCCUCGGUAUCCUUUUCACUUGCUGCCUCGGCGGCGUCGCCUUCUUCGCCUUCCUCGCCAUUGUCCUCGAUGUCUGCUUCAUCGGUGCCAUGAUCGCCAUUGCUAUCAUGACCCGUCAUGGCACGCAAAGCUGCUCUGGUCGCGUGACCACCCCUCUUGGGUCUGGUAAUAGCAGCGAUGACUCACCGUCGGGGACAAGUUAUGGCUAUGCCUGCGAAUUGGAGAAAGCUACCUUUGCGGUUUCGAUUAUUGGGAUCGUCUUCUUCUUGAUUUCAAUUCUCCUUCAAGUCCUCUACGCUCGAUACCACAAGCGCGAGAAGCGCUUUGGCCCCUCCCCCGCAAAUGGCUACACCUCCGGCACUACCCGGGGCUUCGCCUUCUGGAGGAGAAACAAGAACAACCCCGAUACUGCUAGUGCCGAUGAUAUGCUGCCUUCGCAUCCAUUGCCCAGGGAUGUGGAGCUUGGUGCGAACGGCACAACGGCAGCAGAGAAGGAAGGUGGCUUGAAUGGUACCAAUGUCGGCGCUACCACCGCCAGUGGUGGAUAUAUGCCAUGGAGAAGCAAUGUGAAUAACGGUACUGCAACUGCGGGGCAGACCGGGACUUACGGCUAUGGAAAUUCAGCAUAUACGGGAAAUUAUUAA